GCCCAAUGAAUGGGUCUUAGACGCGCCUCGUGUUUUUUCUGUUUUGAAAAGAAGAAAAUAGCUUUAAUUAACCUUCAUAAAGCCUUCUUGGUGCUCAAGUGGACACGCCCCCCAGUACUUCAUUGACGGUGUCGUGUUUGUUUGCAAUUCAUGUGUUCUCCUAAAUCCUUUCACUUCCACUGCUUCCCACACGCACAUCCCUUUCCUGCCCUCGCCCCCCAUUUCUUUGUUCACCUUGCACCUUACUCUUACUCAUAAUCAGUGAAUCAAUUAACCUGUUCAUCGCAGUUUUCCAUUUUUUUUUCUUUUGAAUCUCUGUCCCCAUAGACAGAAGUGGUUCCAGCUUUUUUAUCGUAAAAAGAUAAAAGAACCAUUCGUCAGCACAAAAUUUGUGCGAUUUCGUUGGAUCGAAACUGACUGAAAAUAAUCCAUAAGCCAUUAUUCGUUUGGAUUCUAUCUACGUUGACACGCUCACAGCAGGGAAGGCAGAUUGAUAGCUGAACAAAAUGACAUUAGAAGACUACAAAGACCUGGUUGGCUCAGCUGCCUCCAUCACUACAAUUCUGCAGUUCUUCUCAGGAGUAUUUGUUUGUUUGGACAUCAAAAAGAAAGGAGAUUCCGCAUCAGACUCUGUUCUACCAUUCUUAGGAGGAUGCAUCAUCGGUGCUCUCAACCUCAAGUACGCCAUGCUGCUGGGGGACUCGGCAAUGCUGGUCGUCAGCAUGGUCGGCACGCUGAUGAACAUAGCCUACCUCGCCUUCUUCUACUCCUACUCCAGCUGCAAGAGUGACGUCAGCAAGGCCACGAUCCAGGGAGCCGUCUUCGCAUUUUCUCUUCUCUACUAUGCUCAGUUUUGGGAAGACCCAGAACUCGUUGAAGACAGGUUUGGCGCCAUCCUCACCGUGCUUAUGCUCUUACUGCUUGGCUCCCCUCUCUUCUCGUUGGGUGAAGUCAUCCGAACAAAAAGCACAGCGUCCCUUCCUUUCCCAAUCAUCUUGUCUGGUACGGUAGUGACUUUUGAGUGGCUGAUCUACGGAAUCAUCAUUGACAACAUAUUUAUCCAAAUCCAAAACGGAGUUGGUUUGGCCCUUUGCGCUGUGCAGCUGUCCCUCUUUGUCGUUUAUCCACGCACUCCGGUCGAAAAGAAGAAGGAUUAGUCUGUUUUGCUGGAUUCAGCGUCUUUUCCAAUUUUGAGAACGCCGCAUUUCGUGCAGCAUUCCAUUGAUUAUAUGCAUGUGAUAUUGCUGUUUACCAUAGUUACAAUGCUACUUGCCACUUUGCAGUCUUCCAUGCGAAAGAAAAUAAUGUCGAGAACUCAAUGCUAUAUAUUAUGUGACAAUAACAAUUUAUAAACUUUACAAUCAAUUCAAUCGAUUGACAAUAAAUUUCAGGUAUACAUUAAAUAAUACAAAGAAAAAGAGAAAAUUACAGAGUAAUCGUGUUUGAUCGUUAUCUAUACGUGUUACGUUUUUGAAAUGGACGAGAUUGAUAACUGUAUUACAAACUCGUUUCCAUAAAAGUGUCUGUUGCGUUUGAUUGCUAUGCCAUACAAUUCAUAGCUAGUCUGGUUGAUGCAUUUUGUGAGUUUAAAUAAGGUAGUGAAAACAGAAUAAAAUUCCGUGCUUUCCAAACACACCAAA